AUGACUGGGAUCAAAGCUCAAGUACAUGUUGCACCUGAUAGUACACUCUUCCGUGAAAAUGAGGAAAAGAAAGUAGGAGGCAAUUUGCCUAAGAAGGUUAUCAACCAAAAAGAAACAGGUUCUGAACACGCUUCAUCUGGUCAUCACCAAUAUCAUCAGCUUAUUAAUAACGAUGGCAAUGAUGCAAAGACUUCAGGUCCUACCUCCGCCUCGUCCAAGGACCAAGGAGAUGUCAGUUCCAAUCUGGAGAGUAAGAAACAGUCGCCAAAGGACAUAUUUGUUGCUUCCAGCGCUCAAAACACAAGUCAAUUGCCUGGCCCUAACCCUCAGGGCAGUAUAGGUACCGUGCCAUUGGAGGAGUUACGCCCUAAGGAAUUUAGAUCGGCCCCUUCUAGAAAGCCAAACAAGUUUGACACUUCCAUCACCAAGCCUGGUGUUUUGGAUGAUUUAGGGAAAAUUGAUGAAAAAGAAAUUAAAGAGAAAUUCGACCCUGAUUCUACCGAUAGGUUGUAUCCGUGGCAAAACGUCGGUGAGUUUCAUGCUUCAGGAAAGGGAUCGCCAAAUACAAAGAUGUCCAAAAUCACUAAAGCUUACAUUUUGGAAAAUUUUUAUAACGAUUGGUACUGUAAUAUAGCUACGGUUGUUGGUACCUGUUUCUUUUCAUGGUUAUUUGCUUACAUUGGGUUUUCGUGGUGGUCUUUAAUAUUCAUCUUUUUAGGCACUGCUACUGUUUACAACGCAGAAUAUACAAGAUUCAAUAGAAACAUUAKGGAUGAUUUGAAAAGAGUCAAUGUCGAAGAAACUUUGUCGGACCGUGUGGAAUCUACUACGUGGUUAAAUUCAUUUUUGUCGAAGUUCUGGGUCAUUUACAUGCCAGUUUUAUCUCAACAAGUAAAAGAUAACGUCAAUCCUCAACUGGCAGGUGUUGCGCCUGGUUAUGGUAUCGAUGCAUUGGCCAUCGAUGAAUUCACCCUGGGUUCCAAGGCACCUUCAAUUAAAGGUAUUAAAUCGUACACAAAGACCGGUAAAAACACUGUUGAAAUGGAUUGGUCGUUUGCGUUCACCCCAAGCGAUGUCUCGGAUAUGACAGCUACUGAAGCUAGGGAGAAGAUUAAUCCAAAAAUUGCUCUUGGUGUUACUUUAGGGAAAAGUUUCGUUUCCAAAACAAUGCCUAUUCUGGUAGAAGACAUCAAUGUUGCUGGUAAAAUGCGUAUCAAAGUUGAAUUUGGCAAAGUUUUCCCUAACAUUAAAAUAGUAUCCCUGCAGCUCUUGGAACCUCCACUAAUCGAUUUCGCUUUGAAGCCAAUUGGUGGUGACACUUUAGGCCUUGACGUCAUGUCAUUUUUGCCCGGUUUGAAGAGUUUUGUUAAAAAUAUCAUCAACUCCAAUAUUGGGCCUAUGUUAUUCCCACCGAACCAUUUGGAUGUUAACGUUGAAGAUAUUAUGGCUGCUCAAUCCAAGGAUGCUAUUGGUGUCCUUGCCGUAACCAUUGCCUCUGCCGACUCUUUGAAGGGUUCUGACUUUAUUACUAAUACCGUUGACCCUUAUGUUGUCAUGACUACCGAAGAUGCCGUACCUGGUACCGAUGAAGAAGUACGUACUUCCAUCAAAUCAGAUGUUAAAAAUCCACGUUGGAAUGAAACCAAAUAUUUGUUAUUAAACUCCUUGGAACAAAAGAUGACCUUGAAAUGUUUUGAUUUCAAUGACGUCAGAAAGGACACUGUCAUUGGCGACCUUCAAGUCAAUUUGGCAGAUUUGCUACAAAACCCUGUUUUAGACAACCAAACUGCCGACUUGAGAGCUGGAACAAAGUCAAAAGGUGUUUUGCAUUAUUCGUUACACUGGUUUCCUGUUAGGGAAGAUAAAUCAGAAGAAAAAGCUGCCGAACGUGCCAAGGCUAAGGCCAAGGGUGAAGGAGAGGAUGAAAACAAAAAUAUCAUUGGGGAUGAAGACGAUGAUGAUGACGAAAAUUCCCAAACCGAUGUUGGUAUUGCGAAGAUUACUUUACAAAAGGUUAAAUAUUUGGAUACAGCUGGCUCUAUGACCGGUAGUUUGAGUCCAUGUGCUGAAUUGUUUAUUGAUGGACAAAAAGUCAAGAACUAUAGAACACUAAGACGUAUCAAUGAACCAUCUUGGGGCGAAACCAUCGAGGUUUUGGUUCCAUCAAAAUCUAGCUCUAAAUUUGUUUUGAAGAUUUUUGAUGAAAGAAUGAAUGGUAAAGUACAAAUUUGUGAAUACUCGUCUUCCUUGGAUGACAUAAUGAAUACAUUAGACACCGCUCAAGAAUUUGUCAAGGGUUCCCCACAAGGUGACAUAUAUUUGGAUGUUUCUUGGAAAUCUAUUGAAAUGACAGGUGCCUUUGCCGCCGCAAACUCUGUUAGCGAACYCAUCGGCUGUAUUAAAUUGGACAUUAAAGAUGCUGCUAUUAAAGGUGACUUAUCUGGUGUUGGCGACAUUGAUCCCUAUUACACUGUCUCUUUGAACAGACGUGUUUUAUACAAAUCCAUAUAUCACUCCGAUACCGAUCAUCCUAUUUUCGAUAAUAGCACAUAUGUUCCUGUACUUUCCCCAAAUCAAACUUUAAGUGUCGAAUUUUAUGACUACCAAAAGAUUGGUAAAGAUCGUUUUAUUGGCUCGGUACAAAUCCCGUUAUCAGAUGUUUUCAAGAAAGAUCCUAAAUCGGAGAAAUAUGUUUCAAUUAACAAUAAAGACGGAGUAUCUAGGCUAAAGUUAAAAGACCACAAACACAAUAUCACUGAAAGUGUUGUCAAUCUCUCUACAUCAUUUAUCCCAAUUACUCCAGUUUAUACCCCUGAGGAAUUGGCGAAUGUUGAUAAAUUAGAAAAGGAACUAGAAGAAAAGAAGAAAAAAUUUGAAGCCACCCAAAACGAGAAUAAGCAGAAAAUGGAAGAAAGUCCAAAGGAAUGGGAAGUAGUCGAAAUUGAAAGCCCAUUUGAAGACGAUGAAAAGAAGAUCAAUAAGAAGGCUAAACUGUCUCUGGGUGAGUUGAUUAAACACAAAUCUGGUAUAUUAUCUAUGCAAAUAUUAGAAGGUACAUUGAACCCAACUUCUGCUUACCUGGCGGUUCUGGCUGAUGAUAUUUCAUAUCCUGUCUUCACUUGCAUGAAACCAUCUCAUGGAAAAUUGAACUCGGAGGUGGCAAAUAUCUUCAUCAGGGACUUAAAGUUCAGUAAACUAUACUUGAGAAUAUCAAAAAAACAUGUUGCUAAGGAUUCUGACGAUGUCAUAUCCGAAACUUCUUACAGCACUUUAAAGUUAUUGAAACAAGCUUACGAAGAGCCUACAUGGUUGAACUUUAAUGGAUCAAAAGCGAAGGUCAGAUUUUUGUAUACGCCUUCUACCGUAAGCUUGCCUAGCUCAGAAAGUGUUGAAGAUACCGGUUACUUGAAUUUAAAGCUCAUUUCUGGUCACGGUUUGAAAUCUGCCGACAGAAACGGUUAUUCCGAUCCAUUCGUUACCAUUUAUGUCAAUGAUAAGAGGGUCUUCAAAUCAAAUAUCAAAAAGAAAACACUAGAUCCGGUUUGGAAUGAAGAUGCCAAAGUUCCGAUUCUUUCAAGAAGUAAGAACCAGGUAGUUUUGAACGUUCUUGACUGGGACCGUGCAGGUGACAAUGACGACUUAGGCCAAGCCACAUUGGAUACUUCUAAUCUAGAAUUGGGCAAAUCUUAUAACUGGAACCUUAACCUAAACACUCAAGGUAGUAUAAAACUACAAGGUUCAUUCAGCCCAGAAUAUAUCAAGCCAAGCUUCGACGUCGUGAAAGGCGGUAUUGCCGAUAAGCCAAUGAAGAUGGCCAGUGGUGCAGCCCAUGCUACUGUCGGCAUAGCUGGUACAGGUUUGGGUGCCGCCACAGGAGUUGCAGCAGGUGGUUUACAAAAGGGUGGGCGUCUUCUAAAAUCUUUAGGAAGCAAUCCAAUGAGGAGGAGUAAGAGCGGCAAUGGCAAUGAAUCUAACGGCGCAAAAAAAUCUUCUGAAAAAAAAUCGUUCGAUAGGAGAUCUCCAAGUAACUUCGAUAGUAACAAUGGCACACCAAGGGCAUCAGUAGACUAUGACCCAUCAGUUCCUAAUACGAGUUACGCACCCGUCCAAAGCGGCUCCCCCGCAGUGAAACAAGCUGACAACAAUUCAAGCUUGAGCAAUAAAAAAGAAGCUCCUACCAACGGAUCAAGAGCAGGUUCUCGUGCAAGCAGUUUCGCUCGUACCUUGGCUCCUCACGGUACUUACAACGGUUUUAUUACCGUACUUGCAGCCGAAAACAUCGCCAAACACGUUCAAAUUAAGAUUUCCUUAACUCAAGGUGGUAGGUUAAAACACAUUUACAAGACCAAGAGCCAAAAAACCAACGAUGAUGGAAUUGCUCUAUUUGACGAGGAAUGCUCAUUCAAGGCCUCCCCUGAAGCCAACUUGGUACUAGGUGCGAUUUCCCACCAAAGAUUAUCGAGAGAUAAAGAUCUCGGCAUUGCUCAAAUUAACUUGGGCGACCCACAAAUUCAACAAGACGGCCAAAUAUCUGUAAAAUUAGGUGAUGGUCAUCUGAUUGUAAAGAUUAGUUACGGUAAAGACAAAAAUAGUCAAGUACCCCCACUACCAGAAGUCCCUCAAGAAUACACACAAUAA